ACUAUCAAAUUCUCCAAUAUCGAUUCUUGCUCAAAUCAAUACUCCAUGUUCACCAACCAUGCUCUCUAGCGUUACAGGGUGCAUGAGUUUUCUAACGGGGGGUGGUAGUUCUCCGACCUCAGAUUGUUGUGGGGCUCUUAAAUCGUUAACCGGAACCGGUAUGGACUGUUUGUGUCUGAUUGUAACUGCAAGUGUUCCACUCAAUAUACCUAUAAACCGAACUCUAGCCAUCUCUCUUCCUCGUGCGUGUGGCAUGCCUGGUGUCCCCGUUCAAUGCAAAGCUUCUGCAGCACCUCUCCCUGCUCCAGGUCCUGCGUCUUUCGGUCCGACCACUUCUCCUACAGAUUCACAAACUUCGGAUCCUGAAGGGUCUGCUUCUUUCGGUCCACCCACUUCUCCGACAACUUCGCAAAAUCCUAAUGACCAGGAUUACAGCGGAUCGGGCAACGGAGGAGACACAAUGGGGUUUGGUCCACCACCUCCUUCAGCCUCGUCUUCCUCUUCGCACUCUCUCAAGCUUUCACGUCUUCUAUUUGCCUUCGUUUUAAUGAUUAUCAAAUUCAUCUAAUUAACUAAAGAGCAAUUCCAUAGAAUAUAAGAUGUACGAUCUUGAUACUUUCAUAUUUUACCUGAUUCUGGUUAAAAUAAUGUUUUAAAGUUUUG